GGGAUCACAUCUCACCACCACGCUCGCCCUCGUUCGGCCAGAAACCUGUUGAUCCUAGCUUCUUCGGCCCAAUUCACUCACUUUAUCCGAUCUUUUCAUUUGCGCUCAGACUGUGGUCAGACCCGGACCAAUUUCUCCCGCCCUACACCAUUGGCCCAGCCCCAGGAGCAAUUGACAGCUACUAGUACACUAUAGGGAGUACGAAGCACAGUCACCCAUGCUUUUUGGCUCCAGACCCCUGGCACACUUACCUUAGUUUACGUCUUGGAAUUAGCUGCAUUCCUACCCCAGUUUCUCGGUCCCUGCGCAUUGGUUUCCCCCGCCCGCUGGUCAGGCGCGCCAUCAUGAGGUAAAAAAAAAUACACUUUCACUGUAAAUAAAUACUAUGAGACCUUCCACCAGAUCCGGCCAGGGACCUCUCCAGCUUCUUGGCUGCUGCCGCUCUCUGCUCUGCCCUGCCCGGAUCACCCCUCGUAUCUUGGUCAUAUACUGCUGCUUCUUCCUCCUCGUUACCAUUCUCCUAGGCGUCAGAAUGCACGUUAGAAGCUACCUGUCUGCCGUUCUGUACGGCCUGCCAGCACUGACCCAAGUUGCUGCUGCCAAGUCCACAGGGGACCCGUUCCAACUCUACACUAUCAGCGCAGAGAACAUCACGGCCAAGCUCAUCCCCUACGGAGCACGCUUGACUUCUCUCCUCGUCCCUGACCGCGACGGCAACUUCCAGGAUGUCGUCGUCGGCUACGACGACCCAAAGCAGUAUCUUAAGGACUCCGAGACCAACCACACCUACUUCGGUGCCGUCGUCGGCCGAUACGCCAACCGCAUCAAGAACGGCACGUUCUCGAUCGGUUCAGAUGUGUACCAUAUCCCCGAGAACGAAAAUGACGGUGAAGACACGCUCCACGGAGGUACCGUAGGCUACGACCAGCGCAACUGGACCGUGACCGCGUACAGCAAUUCCUCCAUCACAUUCACCCUGGUUGACCGUGCCUUCGAAGACUUCCCCGGAGACGUCAUCACCCAUGCCACAUUCAGUGUGCAAACCAAAGUCACCCCCGAGAACCCCCAAGGUCUCCCUCAAUUGACCACCAAACUCGUCUCCCUUGCCUUGACUGAGACAACCCCAAUCAUGCUUGCCAACCACAUCUACUGGAACCUGAACGCCUUCAAGGACGAGACCGUCCUCAAAGACACCUGGCUCCAGCUGCCACUCUCCAAGCGCCUGAUCGGCACAGACGGCAUCCUAAUUCCCAACGGCACCAUCCUCGACGUCAACGUCUACGACAGCGCCCCGGACUUCGUCUCCGGCAAACUCGUCGGCCAAGACAUCGCGAAAGCCGACGGACUCUGCGGCGAUGACUGCACCGGCUACGACAACUGCUUCAUCGUAGAUCGGCCUCCUCAAUACGCAGCUCGUAACUCCAUCGUCCCGAUCGUCCACAUGAACUCCAGCACCACCGGAAUCAGCCUCGACGUCGCUACCAACCAGCAAGCUCUCCAGAUCUACUCUUGCAACGGCCAGAACGGCACCAUCCCCGUCAAGCAAUCGCAAGUCCAGCGCAACAAGGCCGAGGGUGUCGAUGGCGCUGAAUACGUCAACCAGCAUGGUUGCAUUGUCAUUGAGACUGAGGGCUGGAUUGAUGGUAUUAACAACCCUCAGUGGGGUCAAUUGUCGGACCAGAUCUAUUCUCCUGAGACGGGUCCUGCUGUUAACUGGGCUACUUACCAGUUUGGUACGGUGUAAGUGGGGGAGAAGAUUUGAGGAAGGAUUGAGGGGGACCUGAUUACGUGCUCUAGAAAUCCACGACCGUGUGUACAUAAUCUGAUGCGCCAUCUUGUCUUUAUGCGGACUAGCAAUGGCACGUACAAAGAAAGUUUAUUGAGUGUUUAAGAAUGCUCAAAGAAUAAUAAUAGGAAGAAAAGACAUUGC